AUGGUCAGUAAGAAGACAAAACAAGCCCGACGCGCGGCCAAGGAGGCUGGGAACGCAAAGAAUGAGGAGACAACAGCAGCCGCUGCCUCAGCACCGGCUUCACCGAAAUCACCUGAGCCCGAGGUCCAAGUCGUUGUCGAGGAAGAGCUAGAUCCCAAGACGCGGGCAGAAAGAAUCAAAGAGGAGGGCAAUGCCGCCUUUCGCGCGAAGAAUUACCGGGAAGCUACAGAGCUGUAUACCCAAGCUAUCGAUCUGAAUCCCACUGAACCAUCCUACUUGACGAAUCGCGCUGCCUCAAGCAUGGCUCUAAAGCGAUUUAAACCCGCGCUAGAAGAUUGUCGAAAGGCCGCAACUCUGCAAGCCUCCUCCCCCAAUCCCAAAACGCUACUACGGCUGGCGCGGUGUCAAUUCGCGCUCGGUUCACCUACCCCCGCUCUCUCAACCUUGAAUACCAUUUUCUCCAUCGAUCCCAAAAAUGACGCCGCACUACAGCUCAAAAGCAAGAUAUCUAUCCUCGACGGUCACCUGCAGCAUUUCCACGCGGCACGAGAGAGGAAGGAUUGGCCUAUGGCCCGGAUCGCGUUGGAUCAGUGUUUCCAAAACAUAGAAAGUGAGGGAGAUGAAAUACCCACGGACUGGAGAGUAUGGAGAGUAGAACUCGAGCUGGCUAAAGGAAACUGGGAGGGCGCCAACACAGCGGCAAACGACGCGCUCAGAAUGAAGGGAAACUCUCCUGAGGUGCUAUCAUUACGGGGACUAGUGCUAUUCUUGACCGGUAAACUUCCUUCGGCUAUCACCCAUGUCCAAGGUGCUCUUCGGCUGGACCCCUCAUACGGGCCUGCGCAGCGACUACGGAAACGUGUCAAGGAUGUCGAGCGUCUAAAGGAAGAAGGAAAUGUCGCCUUUAAAGCUGGGCGUCUAACGGAAGCUGUAGAAAAAUACGGCGAGACUCUGGACCGGAUCGGUGCAUCCGAAGAGGAGGGAAAAGGCGGUCAGAUACGCGCAACAUUACUAUCAAAUAGGGCAACGACGCUGGUUAAACUGGAACGAUACGACGAAGCGCUCGUCGAUAUCGAGGAGUCCUUGGAACUCAUGUCCACGUCGUUCAAAGCAUUCCGAACGCGUGCACGAAUCCAUCUACACCUUGAAGACUACGACAAGGCAGUAGCCGACUUCAAGAGCGCCAUCCAACAAGCACAAUCUGACGGAAACAGCACCGACGCAGACGUCCGGGCUCUCAAAUCAGAACUCAAGAAGGCAGAAGUCGCGUUGAAACGGAGCAAGACAAAGGACUACUACAAGAUCCUUGGCGUCCCCCGCGAAUGUUCAACAACAGACAUCAAAAAGGCUUACAGAAAAGAAAGUCUCAAGCACCAUCCUGAUAAAGGUGGUGAUGAGGAGCAGUUCAAGCUCGUGGUGGAGGCGCAUACUGUUCUUUCUGAUCCUGAAAAAAGGAGCAGGUAUGACAAUGGUGAGGAUGAGGAUGGUAUGGAUGGCGGAGGGUUCGGAGGGAUGGGUAAUAUGACAGAAGCAGACAUUGCUAAUUUGUUUGCUCAAUUUGGAGGAGGCGGAUAUAGGAGUGGUGGAUACGGAGGUGGUGGCUAUGGAGGAGGCGGGUAUGGAGGGAGCAGAUACGGUGGGUCGAACGAGUACUCAUCGCAUGGUUUUCACUUUUAG